AUUGACGUUUAUAUAUCAUCAAUGUCAAAUAAUGUUUAAAUAAUAGAAAAUAACAAUGUGAGAGCGAAAAUAUUGUGAAAAUCAAUGAAUGAAGCAUAAAAAUACAACGUGAUAAUCGUAUUUUACUAUAAUUAGAUGGCUGUUACUUUAAGAAACAUAAAUUAAGGCAUGGAAGGUGAACGAAUAUUGGUGGCGGCAGGUUUAACUGCUGCCGCAGUGGUUGGUGCUUUUGUUUUUUGGGGGCCUUCGACUGGUUCUGGGUCAGGUCGUGGUCGAUUGGCUGGUUUAGUAAAUUUGGGGAAAACCUGCUUUUUGAAUGCUGUUUUACACGCUUUGGCUGCUUGUCCUUUAUUUUUACAGUGGCUAGAUAAAGAUACAUAUGUUAAGGAAACUAGUUUAAGGAGCACAUUGUCAACAGUGUUGUCAGUUGUUAAUGGUACUAAUAAGUCGGUGCAAGAUAGUUUUGCACCAGCGGCUGUAAUAAAUGCUCUAAAAAGGUUGGGCUGGGUUAUACCAGCCGGCGAACAGGAUGCUCACGAGCUUUUAAAUGUAAUUUUGACUACACUCGACGAGGAAACACAGAAAAUCGGCAGAAAAGCUGGUUGUUUGUCUGAUGCCCUGGGUAUGAACGAGUUGGGUCCCAUAGACUUUAAUACAGAGGAGGAACCUCCAGACUUUAGUUCACUGGGUAGUGUGAUGUCUUUGAAUGAAUUGUGCAGACCUACCAGUUUGUCUUGGAGGGGAGGGGCUAUUAGAAGAAACAGGUGGAUUUCUAGAUCGUGUAGGGCCCUACAGAUGUCAGGUCCACCCGCUCAACCGGUGACCCACCCGUUCACCGGCACGCUAACCAGCCAACUAAGGUGCACCGAGUGCGGAUUUAAAUCGGCCGUGCGCUACGACAAGUUCGAGAGCCUGUCGCUGGCGCUUCCAAGCGGCGCCGGCGACCUGGGAUGGGGGCGCCACAAGCUGCACCAGCUGCUGACGAAUUUCGUCACGCCGGAAGUGGUCGUGGACGUGAUGUGCGAGGGUUGCAACAACGGAAGGGACCCCGCCAUGCCCGCCAUCUUGUCCAAACAAAUCAAAAUACUUAACUUUGGAAAGUUGCCGUUUUGCCUGUGCAUCCAUAUAUCGCGCAACACUUGGCAACCGGGCGGCAUCUCGAAACGUCAAGACUACGUUCAGUUUCCCAUGAGGUUGUCAAUGUCUGCCUAUACCUUUAUACAGGUGCACUACCAAAGAAGAAUGCCCAAUUCGACGUACAUGAGUACGAGCGAAGGCGGAAGUCCGCUAUCGAGUAGCACGCCGAUGAACUGGACCGGAAGUUCGCUGUCGGAAAUGGCGAACGAGUUCCGGAACGUUUAUCAGUUGGCAGCAGUGGUGGUACACACAGGGGAUGCCCAUUCGGGGCAUUUCGUCACUUACCGGAGGGGACAUCAAAAUAGCAGGUGGUAUUAUACCUCAGACGUAGAAAUAAGAGAGGUGACAGUGGAUGAGGUGCUCCAAAGUACAGCAUACAUGUUGUUUUAUGAGAAAACUUCAAACAUGAGCAACGUUUUUUAAUCGAACUAUUUUAUAGACGUAAAAUAUGUAGUUUAUUUAUUGUCGCAUUUUUAAGUUUUGUAGUUCCUAUCUAUGCAUUCUCUACCAUGACUUGUAUGUUUUGAAUUAUUUCAUUCCUUGUUAGUGUAGUCAUAAGCAGGUGGUAAAAUAUUUUUGCUCAUUAAUGAAAUUUGGUCCAUAUGUUUAGCUGUAAGUUAUUGUGAACAAAUAUUUAAGUGCAUAUAUUAAGUGUCUCAAAAAUGGCGUACUACCGCACUACCAAC